GCCAUGUUUCAGAUGCAGAACAUUUAGUUUUUGAGCGCUUUGGAAAUAUUGCUGUUUAAAUUUUGAAAAGCAUUGUUUCAAAGUGUUUACUAGUAUAUAUAUAAUUGGACUGCUUAGAUAAAUUAAAACAUAAGUUAUAGAAAGAGCAUCGAAACACGAGGCUAUCUGAUUUGUACAAGGGGGCGUAGCCCCCAAGUAUUAAUCAGAUUGCCGAGUGUUUUGAUGUUCUUUCUCUUUUGUAUCAUAGUCAAACAAAAAAACACAUUCCCUGUCGUCACAAUAUGAAACCCCAGAGAAAAGUAACCAAUCAACGAGCAUCUGAAUAUGAUAUUUCUAUCGCUUUCCCUUUCCCUGUGUACAAGAAUGUUGGUCAGCACGUGUACUUGUGCACCUUGGGGUUUGCUUGAGGAUUUAUUCGGUAUUUGUAAAAUUCUUGCCCUUUACUUAGUAAAAGAUUUUUAGUUUACAACUUUUGGCACAUGUAGCCCCAAAAAUAUUUGACCUAGAGUCAUAAGAUUGACAAAACAGUGGAGUGUGGGGGCACCCGUGUCCUAUGGACACAAUUUCUAGUUUUACUCUAGCACACAUUUUUAGGUGUUUAGUUUGCUAUAAAUAGCACUUCAUUUCACAAGAACAAUAUUAAGCAAUUAGUUACUUUCAUUCUCUUUUCUUUUCAUAAUACCUGCAUGCUUAAGAAACCUUUUCGAGGGCAUUCGUCACUUAUGUCACAGUUCUUGUUUUUCAAAUGAUGAUUGUAGAAUAGAUCUUUUGUAACUUACACCAACUGGCAAGUUUCAAUAUUUGGCAAUGUUAUAAAGUUGGGGAAGGUAAAAUGGCUGUGAUGGUUGGAUGCAGUUACCAUUUUGCACCCCAGUUAGCAUACUAAGAAAUGACACCUUCAGCUGCCCAUUUUGUACACAUGAACAGCCGUACUGAACAUAUGUUAUAAAAUUUAGUUGAACUAAAUUCCCACUAUGGGACAAGCAUCAGGACGGGAGAUUAGUCAAACUAAACCAAAAAAAGUAUGUACAGAAGAUAAUAAUAAGGAAUAUGAGUGGGCUGAUGGUAUAUUACCAUUGACAGAAGUACCAGACGAUGUCCUUGCAGAAGUAUUGAAGCGGGUACCAGCUAGAGAUAUAGUUAAAUCAUGUGUUUUUGUUUGUAAACAAUGGAAUAAUGUGAUCAAUACCCAGACAUUCUGGAAAGAGUUAUGUAUAAAAGAUAAUGGGUAUCCAGAAAAACUGUUCCAUGUUUUAGUGGAUGAAGAUUUUAAAAAACUAUACUUCAAAAGACCAUAUUACACAAACUUGAUAAAGAACCCAGAUGCUAGGGAUGACUUUGAUCAUUGGAAAAUUCAUCAUAGUGGUGGAGAUAAAUGGAAAGUAGAAUUACCUGUUGGGUGUAAUCCUUUGGAAGAAUAUACUGGGACAGAACAAUCAAAAGGUACUAGAUGCUGGGUUACAUCUUACUCUGAAUGCAGCAAGUCUCAGACAAUAGACUUGAUAGAGAGGGGAUGUAGUGAGCAUGUAUUAGAUGAUUUACGGCCAGAUAUACAUGUGUCUGAAUGGUAUGCGGCCAGGUUUGACUGUGGUAUAGAGUAUUGUAUCAAAGUAGAGCUGUUGAAAAAUGACAGGACAGCUGUAAAGGAGUGGACAUUUGAUGAUUCACAACCUGCUGGUCGGGAAUGGUUUAAGGCAGAACAUACAUUUACUGACUAUGAUCCAGGUGUGAGGUAUAUCAAAUACUAUCAUCGAGGUAAAGAUACUCAGUUCUGGGCUGGUUGGUAUGGUGCAAAGAUCACACUGUCUUCUGUUAUACUGGAACCGAAACUUAACUCAACAUAAUAACUCUGAAGAGCGUUCGGACAUUCAUGUAUAUAUAUAUGUAUAUAUUUAGCUGAAGACUAGACUUAUCAUUUAUAUAUUAUGUACCUUAACCAAUAUUACAUAUCUAAAUACACCUGUUAAAACCGAUUAAUUCUUGUGAGUGAUAAAGUUCUUUAUUUGAAUCAAGUUGACCUUUGGUUAUAUAUCAACUUAUCUUGUUGGUUAACAGUUUAUUUUUUAGACUUCUUAUUGGAUUAUUUUAAAUUUGUAUUAUGCAUUUGAUAUGUUGUUAAGUUACCUAUAUAUAGGUAAUUAUUAUGUAUUUGAUAUGUUGUUAAGUUUCCUAUAUAUAGGUAAUUAUUAUGCAUUUGAUAUGUUGUUAAGUUUCCUAUAUAUAAGUAAUUCUUCUUUUGCUUGUCAUUCUGUUACUUAUUUUGUAGUUGUGAUCAUGUUUUUUGCCCACCCACCCUGGCCCGUUUGGUUUUGCAAUAAGUUCUAUUGCAUUUAGUUAUAUUAGUACUGUGUUUUGGUAAAUAUUUAUAAUGAUUAAUACUUUUUUGUGGAUUGAUAAGUCUACCAUUCUAUAGUUUAUUAAUAAUGACCAAUUUUGCAGUUAUCUAGUGAUAAUUUGUGAUCAUUUAUUAACCUAAUUAAAUAUUAUUAGUUUUCUUUGUUAACUUUUUAAUGAACAAUAAUUUUAAUGUUGCAAUUAUAUAGUUAUAUAUACCACUGAUACAACUGAUAUUAUGUGGGGUAGUGUAAUGCAUUUUUCACUUACAAACUUGCUUGCAUGAUUUCAGUCGGCCAUUUUCCCUAGCCAUGUAAGAUAACUCCCUGUUUCCCUGUCUAAAAUUCCACCAAAUUAUUCCCCUUUCAAAUGAACUCAAAGAAGGGACAUUUUAAAAAGACUUUGUAUUUAUUUAUUCGAUUUUUUGUUCAGAAACGGACAAUUUUUUCUUUACCUUUGUUUAAUUUGCUUUCUAUCUAUAUAUGGUUCCUAUGGUAAACAUAUGAGUUUUGAUGGUAAACAAAUGAAUUUUCUGAACUGAAAGUAAUCUAACACACAGCGUUGCUGUUAUCACAUGUAAACAAUACAUUAAAUCGGUAAGAAUAUUGAGAUGUUUGUUUUUCAAAUGGAAAAUAUUAAUAUGGAAAACAGCUAUGUGUAGUUUAUGUGUAUUGUUUUAAUGUGUUUGUCUGAUAUUUUAGUUGUAAAAGCCAUGUACACUUAGUGUAGCUUCAUAGCAACCGAGUUUAAAACGUGAGCGGUAACUGAACGAGAUAUUGCAAAGCGCAUGCUCGUGCACUGACUUCCGCUCUAUCGAAAUACUGCAUAUACGUAUAGCGAAAGUUCGUAAGUGCUUUUUAACCAAGUUUUCAAUUAUGAAAAUCCUGGUUAUAAGAUAUGUGAAGGGUAGGUGGGUACUGUUAAACAGGUGGUUUCCAGUCAAUAACUUGAGUUAAGAAUAAAAUAUGUGGAGACCUCACACAAGAUUGCUAUUGAGGGCCCUAGGGUCAAGAUGACUGUUACUAAAAUUAGAAAAGAGGUAUUGUAAUCAAACUUUGUUUAUACGGAGCUAAUAUUUGACAUUGCUUGGGUAUGCAUUUGUGACUACUACUGUCAAGGUCGCUGUUACUAAAAGUAGAAAACGGUUUUCAAUAACUAGAGUUAGGAGUGACAAUAAUUAGAGUUAGGAGUGACUUAUUGUAAUAAUUAUAGUAAGGAUAUGGUAAGCUCAUGUAGAGAUCUUGUUAUGGAUUGCUUUUGGACCCGCUAGGGUCAAGGUCACUGUUACUAAAAAUAAAAAAAUGGUUUCAAACUAAUUAUUGUCACCCCCACCCCACACCCACUAUAAUAAUAAUCUUUGAAAAAAAACCUGCUAUAUGAUUAUUAAUUACCUUCCAGACAUGAUUAAAUUGUAGUAUGACUGAGAUCUGGAUCCAGAAAUUGAUCAUGUGACCAGGAAUUUUUUUCUAUAGUAAUAAUACUUCAGUUGCUCAAAUUGAAAUCAUGAAAAAUUUGAUUAUACAUUUAGACACAAGACUAUCCCAAAAUUGAUCAUGUUACCAAGAGAUUUACCUUUGAUAUGUUCUUGAUUGGUUUAUAUGCUAAUCUGGGUAAUACUUAUAAUUGUCACCACCCACCAGACAUCAUCAUCAUUGAUGCUUGGGUAAAUAUCUUCAUGGCUCAAAUUCUGUUUGUCUGAUAUAAGUAGGAUGUAACUUGCAAUAUUGCGCCAAUAUGGUUCAUUCCAGUGGCGAGGGUAAAUAAACAUGUUACCUGUUGUUAGUUUCUAGUUCUUUCUAGUAAAAUGUAGAAUUAAAAGAUGGUAUUUGGAUUAUGCAAUUAAAAAUGAUAAAAAAUUCAACCAUAAUGUAAAAUAUUUGCCUUUAGAAAAUCAAAUUUGAUAAAAUGUAGAAACGACUUAGCAUGAAGCUCAAAUGAUUCUGGUCCAUUGCAUAUCUGGGUAAAAAAAUCAAGUUCAAUCUUUGCUUGCCAAUCACUGCAACUGAUUAAAAAACCAAGAUUAAAAUUUUCCACAUAUUUUUAUCACUUAUGUUUCAUUUGUAUUCCAAAUCAAUCGAAAGUUUCUAGUAUGGUAAUAAUUGAAAACCUGGUUUUGUGGCAUUGCCAUAUACAUUUAUAUAUUUUGUAUUCUAUUUCUUAUAUAUCUGUUAAUAUUUUAAGAAUGUGUUAAUUGUAUUAUUCAUUAUUAUUACUAAGUGUUUUAUACUUAAUCAAAAUGCAAUACCUUAUUUAGACUUGUUAUGAAAUAAAUAUUUCAAAUUACAUGUACUUGAAACAGUUGUUCAUCUGAUAAGUUCUUUUGCAGACAUGAAUGAUAUCUCUCCCUUAAUCUAUUAGAUUUUGAUAAAACUUUAACAGAAUUGAUUUUAAUUUUUUGGUUAUACAGCCUUUAUUUAUCGUUUGAAGUCUUUCUUAUUUGGUAUGUAAAUAUCUUGGCUGAUACUAUAACAUUGGGGUGAAGAAGUGGUCAACUGGGUCAAGGUUAAGAGACUGACCUAAUGUGCAUUGAAUACAUGGACAAAUGUGCAUCACAUUCAGUGAUAUUCUUAUUUAGUUUUAGAGAUAAUGUAAUAAGAGUUCUGUAAUAUCCUCUGGAUAACACAAAUGUUGUUGCUUCUUUUCAUAAUUGAUUCAGUUAAAUGCUAUAUUUUUGUCAUGAACAAAGUAUGUUAUCAUUAAAAACUAUAGCUCUUGUGUGCAAUUUAGAAUGUAUUUCUGUAUGUAAUGCACAGUGGUUUUAUUUUCUUAUUGAUUAGGGUCGCUAACUACCUCACAGUCAUGGCAGCCUCCUCAUACAGUUGAGGUGACCUAUAUAAAGUUAAUGGAACUUGAAACCCCAACUAAAAAUAUAAAAAAAACAUUGUUCAGUCAGUUGGGGAAAAAUAUUAAAGGAAUAUAGAUUCUACAUUUGUAUAUUUUGCAACUCAUUCUUCCAAUGUGGGACAUAAAUGUAAUAUUAAUGUGAUUUCUUAAUAUUGUGAUACAAAUAAAUUCCACUUUUUCAUUGUUUAUAAUCUGUUUUAAUACAAUAAAAUUAUAUUAUUGUUUAAACUAGAUUUGUUUAUUACUAUUUUAUAUAAUAUUCAACCAAUAUAACUACAAGUAAAAGAGUAUAGAGUUAUAGUGUUUUGCUGCCUGUAAACUUUAACACUGAUCAUAACUUUUUCAAUUCUUAUUAGACUGUCAUCAUACUUGGACACUACCCUUCAAAAAGGCUAGACUGAAUUUAACUUGUAAAUAAUCUUAACUAUAAAAUUUCAAACUCUUAACACAAAGUGACAUGUUAUGACAAAACUGACAUGUUGAAUAAUUUAUAUAUGACCUUCAAUGAAUGUAAAAGAUCGAGGCUAUUAAUUGGUGUAAAAAUGAAAUUUUAACAUUUUUGUUCAUACAGCCUCUAUUUUUAAAUUAAUGUCUAAAUUAUGUCAAAAUGGACAUACAUAGGGAGGUUAUUUAUUGACAGAAUGAUAUCUUUCAUAUUAGGAAGGAAGAUAAUUUGCAUGGUAGUCUUUCUUUGGAUUGAGUAAGUUGGUGGGUAAGGUCACAAAUGGUGCAAAUAAUAUAGAUUUCUACAUAUUUGCUUAUACAGUCUUUAAUUGUUACCAAUGUUUUUCAUAUUUGGCAGGAAGAUAAUUUGCAUGGUCUUCUUCCUUAGGAUUGAGUUAAGGGUCAAGGUCACCAGUGCUAAAAGAUUUUUACACCUUUCCCCAUACAGCCUUUAUUUAUUGACAGAUGUGUGAAAUAUUCGGUAUGAAGAUAUUUUGCAUGGUAUGUAUUCAUCCUUUGUACAGAGUUACUCUGGGGUCAGUUUGUCCAAGUCAAUAGAUUUUUUUACUUUUGGCCAUGCAUCCUUCAUAUGUCUUUCAUAUUUGAUAGGAAGAUAACUUGCAUGGUAUUCUUUCUUUAGAUUGAGUUAGGGUCAGUAGGUCAUGGAAUAGAUUCCUCCACAUUUGCUUAUACAGUGUAAAUUUACAGACUGAUGUUUUUCAUAUUUUGAAGGAACAUAUAGCAUUGAUCUUAUACAGCCUUUGUAAUAUUUUAACAAUAUCUCAUAUUUAGAAGGAACAUACCUUAAGUGGUCCUUUUAUUUUGGUUGGAGUUUGGAGUCUCAAGUUCUUGCAUUUAUAUAUGUAUACAUGUAUUUGAUAAAUAUUUAAUGGUAAGUUGAAUAUAAUUGAAAUUCAUCACGUUGGAAGAAAAAAUGUUAUUUUUUGUGGCGGUUCGGGGAGACGAAAAAGGGGGUUACGGGUACUGCCUGGCUCUUUCUCCUGGCCUGACUUGCUUGAAAGCAUGCAGGUUCAUUGUAUUAGUCUUUUGUAUUAGUCUUUUGGUGGGGUGCACUCCAGGGUAACGUUGGCACCCCCCUCCACCUCUAUGUAUGGAGGGGAGGCCCAGGGCAGGGCUACGUCCGGGACCCUAGUUUGCUCAGGAGUCAGAUGUAAUCUGGGCAGCCCGCUAACACCUGUCCACUUAAGGGUGUUUAACUUUCGGGACUGACACCAGGUGGUAAACCUUGGUCACUGACUUGCCAGUGUAAUAAGGCAGUCAGUAGUCUCCCCUGGGACUGGAAAAAAUUUAUGGGUUUUUGCACUAUUAUCAU